AAUGCUUUGGAGAGGAGAGAGGUUUGCAGAAGAGGAAGAGAAACGAGUAAGAAAUCUGCAAACUCCCAAGCCUCUACCAAGGGUUCUACUUCGCAGAGACCUCAGUCUUCCCAUAAUUCUCGAAGAGCCGAGGUUUCCAAUGCAAACCCUACAAAUCAGGCUGUUAAGGUCGCGAGAGCACCUAGUUCAGGUGGCCCUACCUACGAGGAAAAGAUAACGGAGUUGAAGUUGUCCAUCGAUAGUCUUGAGAAAGAACGAGACUUCUACUUUGCAAAACUGAGAGAUAUUGAGAUACUGUGCCAGACUCAUGAGAUAGAACACUCUCUGAUGAUUCGGAUCGUUGGGGCGAUUCAAAAGAUAUUAUAUGUUGCAGAUGAUGAUGGGACGGCUGUGGCUGAAGCUCAAGUUAUGCUUUCUGUUGGUCAUAAGGAAAUAGAGGGUUUGAGCCCAAUCGUCGAGGUUUCGGAAGAGAAAAGCAGUUCAGAAACUCACAAGAGAAAGAAUAUUGCCAAUAUUGAUUUUGAUGUUACUGGCAUCACAACGUUGUCUCCGAGACAAAGACUUUCUAAUAGUUAG